CUCUUAGUGUUGGCUCAUAAAUCAUAUACUUUCCUUUUGAAAAAUAUUGCAGGCAGAGGGAGGCUAGCUAAUAAAGAUGCUAUUUUAAAGGACCUAAUGAAGCUUAAAGCGUUUAAAUCCGCGGCGUGAAUUGCAGUGGUUUAAAAACAUACCCUCCCUCGCGGACCCUUUGUCCGAUCUAUCACGCUUGACAAUGGGCUCCAAGGUUGUGUAGUGUCUGCGUUUAAAUUGAAAGUCAAUAAAAGUUUAUCUGGAAUUCAAAACUGCGAAUCCUCACUGUUGUGGAAGUUUGAAGAUCUUCGUUUCCUACAAAAGAUGGAGCUCGUCAUAUUCAUAACUGAAAAAAUCUCAUUUUGUUUGAGUUUUAUUCAAGGAUGAAAUAUGAUGAAGCAAAACAAAUUUGAAUAUGUGUAUCAAAAAGAUGAUUCAACAAGCCGUUCUACGCGUGAUAAGGAACUAUCACAUUUGCGAUUUCUUUGCCAGUCGGCUCCAGCGGGAACUUUGUUAUCUCCCCCUUGUAAAAAGUACCAUCGAAGUAGUAAGGAAAAUAACUAUAAACGGAUAUACAUACAUUCGUCAUCCUCCUUUCUCGAAGGGGUGCGUUACUCGAAAAGUAUUCAAUAUCGAGGGACUGCAAUGCCCUGUCGAUGUAAAAGUGUGGGGGAAACUUCCGUCCCUGGUAGCCCGUGUCUGAUUACACAGUACAGGGCGAGUACCCGGAUGUAUCCAACUCCCGAUUCCGGACGCGAUUCAGCGGUGUUUCAUCAUCUACGAUCUCACCUAACAGAAAGACAUCGGACUUACUUAAGGUUCCACAAGAUCAAGACUUCUUCGAAAACGCCUUCAGACGAAGACGGCGAUGAGGACGUUUUUAUAGAUGGAAAGACACCUAAAGUUCGCUUCAAAAUGGCUGCAAAAUGCGUGGCUGUCCUUAUCCAGUGGCUGAACGCCAUUAUUGAUAUAAGCGACAUGAAGACGAUCAGGACAGCCACAGAAGAAAGAUGGUACACGUUGUACACCAGUCAGGAAGCUAGACGGCUAGCCUUUAACAAAAUGAUCUACUCCAAAGAAAGGGCGUUUGCAAAGGUUCCGAAGUGGGCAUUAAAUAUAUUUGAAAAAGACCCAGAUUCUAGAAGCGAACAUGAAUGCAAGCGGAUCCACGCUCUUCUCAGGGGUCUGAAAAGCUUCGAUAAGUUCACGGAGCGGAUCCAACUCUAUAUGUGCCGAUCUUUCCGAUACCAGAGUGUUGAACCCGGCAGAGUCAUUCUCAGGCGUGGUCAUGUAGGGAUCAACUUUUAUUUUAUAUAUUCCGGUUCCGUGUUUGUAAAUGUAGAGGACAUUGACUCGAAGGGGAUUCGCUUUGAAAAGACGGAAACAGUGCUUAUGCGAGGGGAUUCUUUUGGGGAGUUGGCGCUGCUGCAAGACAUUCGGCGCACAGCCACAAUAACUUGCCGCGAGACGUGCGAAGUAUUGGUGGUAGACAAGGAGACGUUUGCUAAAGUUUGUCCCAGCAUCUUUCAGGAAGAAUUAGAAGAAAAAGAAAAAUUUCUUUCUGGUUUGACACUGUUCAGCCCAAAAUACUGGACAAAAGAAAUGAUGAGGACAUUAUGCAACGAGGCGCAGAUUCAAGAGUAUAAAACCAAUAAAGUGGUUGCCACAGACGGAAAGGGGGAGGAAUGGAUCUACGUUUGUAUGGAGGGUAAAAGUCAAGUAAUACGGCGGUUGUUACUAGACGGGCCUUCUACAUCAAAACGUCAGAAAAUCCGGUCCACCAAAUCGUCCGGCCGUCACAAGUCCACGGACGUCCUCCUCAAUCUUCUGGAAAAUGACGAGCUCGACUCUCAAGAAGUCAGCAGCCUCUCGUCCGAGGAAUCGGAUAAUGAGGAAGGCAAGGAGAAAAUGCUGGAGUCUAUGUCACUGGAUUAUCGUAAAGACGGCCGAAGAACGAGCUUUCUUACACAUUUGAAGUGGGAGGCGGAGAUACAGAGACGGAAAGCCAUGAAAACCCCAAACCGAGAAGACUUGGUCAAGAAGAAACAGGAAAUGGUCCUUAAUGGGCCGACAACCUUGACAUACCUGAUGUCAAGGGAUAAAGACAACAUAGCGUCCGAUCACAUUUACCUCCACAUCGACAGCAUGCACAGAGCGGAUGUAUUUGACAUCUAUUCCAUCCUUCACCUCACGCCUUCCCCACCUGACAGUGACGUCUUGCUGGUUAGUGGAGGAGCACGAUUCUUAAGAAUCAAGAAGAAAAACUUCUUUCAAGUCUGUUCUAGAGAGGCCCUAGACCAUGCUAGGAAGAUAGCAGCAACUAAACGCUACCCUACAGACAACCAACUGCUGACGUCAUACACAAACAAGUUCCACUGGGAUAACUAUAAAAACGAAGUGGUGGAUCAAGUUAUUAGACCGCAUGUGGACCGUCAAACAAGAUUUAAAAACAGCCCGCAGUUACGGACAUCUAUUAUUAACUACCAACAACAGAGAACAUUGGAUCUUAUACACACUCUCAAGCAACAUUCACAGUGAAAAUAUCAUUAAUCAAUUGUAAACCACUUACAAAUGGUUUGCCUUUCACAUUUGUAUAUAUUUAGGUAUGAAAAAUAUUUGAACAUUAUAUUUUUAUUGUUUAUUUUACAACUAUCGAGCGGAAAGACGUUACGGUAUGCACACAAAAUUGCCUUAUUGUUGGCUUAAAGAAGUUUGCACCUAG